AUUGUGCACUCGUAGUUCCUAAGUUUAUAUUCAGAUUUGAUUCAUUGUAGAAGGAAUGGCAAGCCGCCAACCAGGACACCAUGCCGACGACUUUAGCGGCCAAGCUCAGGCGAAGAGGGAUGAGAUUCAGAACAAAGCAUCAGAGACAGCUCAUGCUGCCCAACACAAGGCAUCUCAAGCAUCUCAGGCUGCCCAAAACAAGGCAGGAGAUGCUUCUAGCACUGCCCAAGAUAUCAAGGACCAAGCCUCCCACCUCCUUCAACAGACUGGAGAGCAAGUGAAAAGCAUGGCUCAGGGAGCAGCUGAGGCAGUAAAGAACACUUUGGGAAUGAAUAAUGCUAACCACCCAAACAAUCCAAGCAACAACCCAAGCAAUCCAAGCAACAACCCAAGCAACCCACACAACGCUAGCAACCUUAGCAACCCAAGCCACCCAAACAACCCAAGCAACAACCCAAGGAUUUGAGCUGCAUGCUUUGUUCUAUGCUAGCUUUGCCAGCAGAUUUAUCAACAGAUACUAUGGAGAGAAUUUUGUGGGGAUUAACCAUUCUAUCUCGGAAUGGCUAUUUUCUAGCUUUAAUAUGCAACAAUACUGUAUAAAGUUUCCUAUUUUCUUUCUCUCUUUUUUCUCCUUUUUGGUAAAUAAAACAUGCAUCCACUAUUCCUAGCUUCAUGUUAAGAGUGUUGUGAUGUACUAAUGAAUAUAUAUAAGACUAAACAAAAGAGAGAAUGGUUAUCUCUCAGCUAUUUACAU